AGUCGUCUGUCGGCAUCGUUGGCGCGCGUACACACCGCCGUCCAAGCAUCCCGUGGUCCACGACCGUUGCGUUCCGAUCCGUUCCGUCGUCAGUGUCAGUGGUGAAUACGUGUGACAGUGUCUGUUCGCGACCCUCCGUCACCCAUAUUACCUCACUCGGUACCUGUUCGUCAUUCGCGCGCGCUUGUCGUUAACGGUUCCGGCUGCGGCCGAUCGCGCCCAUGUGAUAUGCCCGGUUUGCGUCGUCAUCAUCGUCAUCAUCAUCAUCGUCAUCGGUAUCAUCGAACCCGGCAGAAUGAUGGGCAUCGGCGGCGACGAUGACUCCAGCAGCGGAGUAGUGGUGAGUGUUGGCGGCGGUGUCAUUAUCGGGAGUAUCGGCUGCAACGGAGGACCUGGUCUUUUCCGGUCCAGAAGCUUACCACAUCUGUUGGGCAACGACUCGGGCGUGGGCGGCAGCUUCAGUGACGGCGUCGGUGGUAGUGGUUUUCCGGAAGGUGGUGUUGGCGGCACCGGAAGCGGCUUCCACGGCGUUGGAGGUGGUGCGCCAUUGCCUGGCCAUUGCAGCAAGUCGCAGCCCGCUGGCCUAUCCGGACUCGGUGACAUCCGUCAACUUGUUACGCUUAAGCAGCACUAUUAUCCUGAAGGUGGAUGGGGCUGGGUGGUUGCCGUUGUGGCUGUGACCGCGCAUCUGCUCACUCACGGACUCCAUCUCGCAUCUGGUGUAUUUAUCCAGGAGUUGGUGCACAAGUUCGGGCCCGGCACCGUGGUACCUGCAGUUAUUGUGUGCGGUUUGCGUUGAGUACCCUCAAGAGUACG